CAAAAAUCCACGGAUCCGAUGUUCACAUCAUAAAUUUUGUGGAUGCUUGUUGGAAAAUGACGGUGUGAUGCAAAGCUCUUUGAAUUCUCAUCGCAAGGACCAGUUGCCGUGAGAAACGGCGCUUUGGUCGUACACUACGGCAUCACACAAUUCUCGCGUGACGUGGACGACCGGUGGCUCCUGUUUAUGUUUACACUUUGGUCUAGGUUUGAACUUCCCAGAUGGAGGCCGAAGUGUUGCCACAACAUGCUUUCCCUUUGAAAGGGUCUAAACUACAUCACGGAUUAUACCCAAGGGAAUGCGAAUUGUGUUUUCCACGGCUGCAGUUCCACGAUCAAGCUCAGUUCGCACGACAUCUUCGGGUAGUUCAUUGCAAAAAAGAGGGAGGCUCGUACAUUUGUCGAUACGGUGACAAUAAUGUAUGCCAAAAGCUACCCUUGGAAGGUGUUUCUGAUGAAGAUUAUGAGGCGCAUAUUCGACGUGUUCACUGUGAUCCACUUCAUCAUUCACUGACAAACAUUGAAGAUCCGCGUGAAAAGGAAUUCACGCUAUCAAGCUUCACGCAGAAUUUAUCUGCUGUGCUCUCCGAUCCAGGGCGUUCUCGCUCUGAAGUGAACACCUUCUUCACGAGACACUGGGGCGAUUCAUUCGUGCCUCCUCACAGUAUACCUCGAUCGACCCUCAUUCCACCCAUUUCGGAUCAGCAAUUUAUUGCGCAUCAGAAAAACACGAGCAAGGUCUACAAGAGGUACCAUGCAACAAAACGAGCGUUGGCUGCUCUGCAACAACCAUCUACAUGUGGAGAGGGCGAUUCAGAUGAUUUGCCGCAGGUUCUUAUGGAUCCGCUGUUCCAUUUGUCAGACGCCAGAACGUUUGUCGACAUCUUCACUGUGCCACAGAAAGGUGUGCCAGAUCCGUUGACCGUGACUCGGAGUGGAAAGACGGUGGUCCCGUGCGCCCCUGAUGAUACCGAUGGAAAGAAGCCACCUGGAUCCUUUCGGGACUACAUGUCUUUAAGUUCACGAUUAGAAUCCUUCCAUGAUGUGGUCGAUUCGCGGUUAGCUACACGUUUGGUAGCCAAGUCAGCUGCGUUUUGGCAAAUGGUCCACAGCUACGGCGGAUUGCACGAGGAGCUAUCCGAUGCAAUGUCGGAUAUUAGAAGAGUUCGGUCGAAUUUGCAAGCUGUCUCUCGCCUUGUCUGCGACAGAACGCGGAAAAUUAUUCAGCUGUACGAGAAACGAGAGAAAAAGCAAAAACUUCUGGCUAAACUUUUCGAUGUAGCCUGUCUGCGUGAAGCUCAAACCACUGUGCAAAUGUUGUUGAAUCAGAGCGAUUACCCGAAGGUCAUUGAGUGCAUAGAGACCAGCGAAGACGUCCUGAGCUCGGAACUGAGCGGAGUUCAGUGCUUUAGGCAUCUCGGAUCACAACUGACAGAAAUGUACGGAGUGAUUGGUCGCAUGAUGCUGGACGAUUUUGCGACUAUAAUCCAGAAAGAGUUCGGGACGAAGCCCGAAGAUGGAGUUUUGAUGACCUACGAUGGAGAGUUAUCGUGUGUAAUAAUGGGCCUUAUACAAGUUCGACGUUUUGGAUUUAUGUCCAUGAUCAGAACAGAGAUACUGGAAGCACUGAAAGGCAUACUACGACAUGAAGUCAAAUUGCAUAUAGUUCAAAGUGGCAUUGAUCUCACUGAUUUUGACCCUACACUAAACCAACUUGGAGAGCCAGUACGUCGACUCGUAUAUGAGGAUUGGCUGAAGACCGUUGAUGAUGUUACGCGAGAGUUCUUCAAUUUCUGCAAACGAAUCCAGGCUUUACAAGAUGUUGUGUGUGAAUGUGCAGAACGGAUACGGAAUCAUUCUAACAUCAAGCAUGUUAAUUCACCUGUUGUGACCGAUGAUUCUGUGCAAGGUCAUGCCGUGCUGGACUUAUCGUCGAGUGAACAGGAUGAGCCUUUGCAAGCAGGAUCCGGAGAACCUCAGACUCCUGAAUUUCUACUGUCGAAUGAUCCGGCAGCCCUGCUAGCAGUCGAGAUUCGAUCAGUGCCUCAGCUUCUGAAAUCCGCCUCGCUUUUGGCUGAAUUUGCUCAUCAUUGCGCACAAACACGAUUGUGUCGUCUACUUAUAGCUCGUUCAAAGCUUCAAGAAGGCGCUCAAGACCUCACAACGCCUGAACAACUGACGCAAAUGAUCUCCUUAGUCAAACAGUAUCAACAAGAAUGUUCUGAGCAGGGGUGGCAUAAGACAGAACCUAUCGCCGUAAGUCCGCUGUCCAAAUGUCUUCAACGAUUGUGCUUGGAGUAUAUAGAACGUUUCCAUAAUCAACGCAGGGCCAAAAUGAGUUCGACGCUGGACGCUGAAGUUUGGAAGGCAGCAGAAGUGUCAUCUGAGUACCAAUUCCUUGUGGACGAAUGCGUUCGAACAUUGCGGCUCAGAAAUGUGAAGCCCACUUCUGAACAAGCUGUGGGCGGUGAUGCGCUCAUGGUCGAAGGUGUUCCCUAUGUCGUCGUUGGCUCCGCACUGGUUUUUCUUAAAAUCCUCGCCGACUACUGUGAAUGUUUUGCGGCUCUUCCAACGUUUGCGGCCGAUAUUCUCUCACGAGUCGUUGAACUUCUGAAAGGGUUCAAUAGUCGAAGUUGUCAGCUAAUUUUGGGAGCGGGUGCUCUGCAACUGGUCGGACUGAAGACAAUUUCUGUUCGAAAUUUAGCGCUUGCAUCACGUUCUCUACAACUCAUCGUUCACUUUGUACCAUUGGUAGCUAAUGAGGCCGAAGCAUCACUAAAGGAAGACCAAAAACACCUCAUGCGACAUUUCAGACAGGCUCUAACGGACUACUCCGAUCACAUCGGUGAGAUAAAGUUCAAGCUGAUCAGUGUAAUUGAUCACCACACAACCAACUGUCUUAGCAAUUGGGAAGUGAGCUCAUCGAUACCGUCGCCAUCAUUUCAACAGAUCUGCCGGCAAAUGCAAAAGUUUCACAAUGGCUUAGCUGGCAUAAUCCCUGAUGAACAAAUAAAGUCACUUUUUGAGACUGUCCAUGACCAUUUCAAAGGAAAUCUGAAGCUUCAUUUGGCAAAAAUCGGAUUAUCUCCACAUGAUUCACUAAAAUAUGGAUGUGUGUCACAAGAUUAUGCUUUCUACGCACAAAGCUUGAGAGCGAUGUCCAGUUGUUCCGAACUCCAAAUAGAGUCGCUGAAUGACGUCAUCUACGGAAAAUAUUGACCAAAUCUAAAUACGGAAAAUUCCAUAAUCGAGUUGGUUGUGAGAUUACUGUGGUACAGGGCAUCUUCUUUCCAUUUUGAUCCCAGUUCUUAAGGUUGCUGAACAGGCCAAAUCUUUAUAGAUUCUACUAGUCAUGAUAUCUGAUUGUGCCUUCUUACUUGCU